GCCUGGACCGAGCACCCUGAGCUUGCCCGCCCAGUUGUCAAGACCUUUGACUUGAAGUCUGCGUACAAGCAGUUUGCAAUCUCCCCCAGGGAGUACUCCAAGGCCAUCCUCUGUUUGACAAAGACGAACCGGCUGCGCUUUGCGCUGACCUACUUGGCGUGCACGGUGAAGUACAUCUUGGCAGUGCUCCAGGCGGUGUUCAGCUUGGCGGACAAGACUGAAGCCGACAAACGAGCUGCUAUCAUCGAAGCGGCUGCCCGGCCAGCCACUGUGGUGGUGGCAGAUGGUGAGCCUGACAUGAAGCAGGUGUCCAGCUCUGCGGACAGCGCUUCGUCCGAAGCUGAGUCUGAUGAAUCCUGUCAGCAGGCCCCACCUAUGAAGGUGCGGAGGAAGAGAGCACUGGAAGUCGGGCUGACGGCACCUCAUGUUGAUUCGCUGGUGAACUCAGGCGUGGCCAGUUUGGGCGCCUUCGCUUACAGUUUUGGGCAGCCUGGGCAAGCCAUCAACGACAAUGAAUUUUCCGACUGGGUCCGUGCAAAUAUUGAUGUAGGGGCCAACAUCGGAUGUGUGUCAAGUGCGAAGAGGCUUCUCUUCGAAGCUCAGACAAUUUUGCUGGCAUCUCUUAAGGAGUUAGUUACAUCGCCAGACGCGUCGAGUUCGAGGAAGCUUCCGGUUGCAGAACGAGAAGCAAAGAUGCAGGCGUUGAAGCAGAAAUUAUCCGGGGUGUUGGUGUCCGGCACCAUGGACCCUGGUCACACGCUCUUGGAUAGCGUGACGCAGAUGUAUGAGGCAAAUCAGCUGAAGUAUGUUGCACCGGAGAAGUGCGUGAGCAGAACACAUGAGCUUACCCAUGCCAAGCAGCCGACUAAGGUAGUUGAGUUGGAAGCAGAACGGCUUGUGGUGAAGGAGCAAGACAGCGUGCCAGAUGCUCAAGCUGGCAGCGGGUUGUUGCUGCUAGAGGCGCUCAAGCGUCGUGGGUUGGCCUUGGUUUUUGCAGACGGCAUCACGCGUAGCAUUCACGAGAAGUACAUCCAGCAAUUGUUCGCCCACCUACACCGAGAUCCCCCUCCAGGUUAUAGCAAAUGUACGUUGCAACAACUGGUGGCGGCCGACAAGGCGGUUUGGACGAAGCUCAUUGAAGAUUGCGUGAAGCCGCGCCGCAACGAAGCCGGCGUGCUGGAGUUGGACACCGCUUUGGCCCACGCCUUGGAAUCCUAUGAAGUCAGCUUUCUGUUGCUGCCCAUGGCCAAACAAAAGGAGUUGCCAAAGCGGCCUGAGAAGCGUCAGACCGCGCCCAAAGAAGCAGCUUCCGGGAAAGGCAAGGGAUCUCGAUUCCAGCCGUAUGGCAAGGGCAAGGGAGCCGGUGGGAAGAAAGGCAAAAGCAUGGAGAUUCGCGUUCCCAAGGACAUCCGCGACGCCGGUGGGGUCGCCUUUUUGCCUACAGGUGAGGCCAUUGAUGAUGAUGCCUCGGAGGCAGACCUUGUGAACAAUGUACAAAUUCCUGACGUGUUGAAUGCAGAUUUGACCGUCGAUUAUCCGGAUGGACUUGAGCCUGCGCUGGCUGGCAAUAGUGGAUGGGAAACAGGUUUUUGCUACCGCUAUGGAGGCCGCAUAUCCUUGGCCUUUGGCAGCCAGAUCGCGAGAGCAUAUGCAUGUGCUUUGCUAGCCCGUGGUUGGCUUCCGCCUGCCCAGCAGCUGCUUGACCAGCAGUACGACACGUCGCUGAUCAUGAUGGCGGAGUACCGUGUGCCCAGGGCGGAGUCGGUCUGGGGUGUGCCGUGGUCAGAGGAUGAGUUUGCGGCAGGCGCUAGCAAUGUGGCAAUCUUCAACAGCACGCGUUCGUCAGGUUCGCCAGAGCUCGACGCCGAGGUGUACCGAAAAACCCAAGUGGAACUAAACGAAGGCUGGAUCACCGGCCCUUACGAGCUGGGAGAGUUAGAGGUGGGGGCCGUGCUAAAUCGCAGAUUCGGACUUCAGCAGGCCAACAAGGUGCGGUUGAUUGACAACUUCAGUGGCAGUGGUGUAAACAGCACGGUGCAAGUGUGCGAAUCACCCAAACCUCAUACCACAGAUGUGGUGGCGGCUGUGUGUUCGCGUUUGCUGCAGAACUGCGAUAGCGAAACUGAUGUGCUGGGUGCCGCCUACGAUCUAAAGUCCGCAUACCGUCAGGUAGGACACGGCAACAUGCUGUCCUCCCGCGACGGAUACGUGGCCCGGCUCAACCUCCACACGCUGCAGUUGAGCCGCACGAUCAACCGCUUUUGUGAGUGCGUCACGAAGAUGCACCCCCCGGGCAAGGAUGAGCUCUGUCUGAUGGAAAACGUAGCAAACUUCGUUGAGGUGUCGCCGAACUGUGCUGACUCGCCCACGUGCAGCACAGACUUCAAUCAGGUUGGCGCCGCGGAGGAUGUCGGACUUUGCAAGAAGUCUCGCCAGCAGCGGCGCCAGCGCAUCCAUACUGUUCAUUGUUACAUCGCGCGCACCACUGCCUCUGCCGUGGCAGUGUCUGCAGCCAUCCUCUCUUCCGCCGAGGCUCCCGACGAUGACGCUGUGAGUUGCAGCGACAGUUGGGUGAAAAUCCUCGUGAACCUUAUCUACCGCUUGCUUUCCGUCAUGCAAGACGGCCUCGCCUCCAUCGGCGAGGUGAUUGGCAGGCCCCCGCGCAUGCCGCUCUCGGAGCCAGAGCCUCCGGCGGCACUGCUCUGGGCGGUGGACCUCUGCAUCCUCAGCUGCGUCUUGGCCCUUGGCUUCAUGGUCUGGGCGUUCAUGAAUCGGCCCGAGGAGGAAGAGGAGCCCAAGAUGGAGGGCGAAACCUUUGGAGAACGAAUGCUCACCCGCUUCCGCGUGGUGAUAGUCAUGGUGCUGUCUGCGCUGGGCGGAGGAUUUCUCAACGUCAAGAGCUCCGUCCACUCCGCGCUCUUCCUGGGCCUUUAG